UUUGUGUAACAUAAAAUCCUGGUUUUAUUAAUUAAAAAAAAAAAAAAAAAAGUGUUCAAGAAUUAAUGGGGAAGGAGCGCGACCGAGGUUCACCGGAAAUGCAUGUGCCGUUACGGCUGCUCAUGCCCGGAUACGGCGGCGGCGUCGACGAGAACGACCGGCAGCUGGCGGUGUACAACCCUCCGCCGCCGGUGCCGGUUUGUGUGUCUCGCUUUAGUCUACCGGAAGGUUGGGAGGUUGAAGAGAUCCCACGCGCUGAUGCUACUCGUGUUGACAGGUAUUACUAUGAGACAUCAACUGGGAACAAGUUCAGAUCUCUAAGAGAGGUGGAGAGGUAUAUUACUGGAGAAGUAUAUACACCUAGAAGGAGUAGAUCAAAGACUUUGAGGAUAGGCUAUCGUGGAUCUCGUGGCAAGUCGCAGAAUUCAGUUUACCGCAAGAUGGUCGUCUCUGGUGGAAAGUUUUCUCAACAGUCGCAGAAUUCAGUUUACCGCAAGAUGGUCAUCUCUGGUGGAAAGAUGUUAAAACUUGAGGAGGAUGAGGACCCGAGUCAGUAUCAAAUGGCUAUUGUGCCUGCUAGAAACAACUCAACUAGUUCGUCAUGCCCACUCCCUGAUGGUUGGGUUGUUGAGGAGGUGCCUCGUAAUAAGCCUCACGGCUAUGUUGACAGGUAUUACUAUGAGCCAGGGACUGGACGCAAGUUCCGAUCUCUAUUAUCUGUUCGGCGGCACCUCGCAGAACAAAAUGAAAGCAGCACAUUAUCAGAAACACUAGCUGAACUGAAAGAAUAUAACUUGCCUUUGUCCAAGGCAUUUAAGAUAGGCAGUCAUGUGAAGAGUUCUAACAGUUUGUGGAAGAACACUAUCCCGAGGGAGAAAGUGCAGUCAGCAACAUUCAACAGCCCCCCCUUGAAAAUCAAUUGGGUGAUUGCUAGUGCAAAGGGAGACUCUUGGAACCCUUUCAUUGGUGGAUCUCUGGUUCCGGAAUCUGUGAAGCAACAAUGGUCUAAACGAUUCAUGAUGACCGUCAGUGAAGGCAGCUAUUCAGCACCGGACAUAUAAUCGCAAAGCGCCCCAUUUCUGCAGAUCACAAGAUAUCAGAUGCAGCAACAAGAGACCUCAUCAAGACAAUCAAAUCUUUAGUUUUAGCAAGUGUCCACAAUUUUCCCCUAGUUAAGUACAUUGUACAUUGCUCUCCUAGAACAAUUAGUUCUCGAAUGGAUUGGGUUUUCAAAACAGAGCUGAAUACACCAAUGCAAUUAGAACCCAAUUUUAUGUUC